UUGGAGGACAGUGAGAGGCGCACGCGUUGUGCUUGAGCUCUCCUGAUUGGCUGCUGGCACUCCUGGAGACUCUUGUGCCUAAUUAGCAAUCGCAGGUGUCUGUGUGCACCCAGGUGCACUUUUCUGUCGUCGUUUCGCGUCUUUCUGGGAAAAACAACUCGAUCGCCAGGCAGACGAGAAAACAAACCCAGGGAAGGAGACAGAAUGAAUGGCAUGAUUUUGGGGCUCUUUCACCACCUGCCGCGCUUCAUGGAGUCGAACAGCAAAGGUUUCCAGCCCUGGAGGGACUAUAUGGGACUGUCGGACACGGUCAGAGAGAUCUUGCGUCGGAACAGCACCGGGGAUUCAGUCCUGCCAGAUCUCAAUGCGCAUCACUCCCAACCCGAUCAUUUCAGCGGAACUUUAUCGUCGAUACGCGUGAACGCAGAAUCCUGCGAAUCCCUGCUGUCCAACACCGCGGCUAUGCUGACCACGGAAGAUUUGUUUCGGUUCGCACAGGAGUCGGCCAGUGCCGAUCCGCUGCAGACACCGAUUGGUUCCAGGUGUCGCCCCAAGGACCGCAGGAGUACCGCGACUCGCUCCAAGGCUCCGGCUCCAGAGCCGCCUGCGCGCCCCUCUUCAAAAUUUUGCAGCUUCUGCAAGCAUAACGGUGAGUCCGAGCUGGUCUACGGAUCCCACUGGCUGAAGAACCAGGCUGGAGAGGUUUUAUGUCCCUACCUGCGCCAGUACGUGUGUCCACUAUGCGGCGCCACGGGGGCCAGAGCCCACACCAAGCGGUUCUGUCCCAAAGUGGACAGCUCCUACAGCUCGGUUUACACCAAGACCAGACGCUGAUUUAACAGGUGGCCUUGAGACCCUAAACAAAAAAGCAGCUUCCCCCUUUUUUUCUCUCUUUGUGUGCAUUUUAAUUCUUAUAAGUCAGUAUCGGUGUGGCUUUUACUUUUGUGUGUUGCUUGCUUUGUAUUCUUAUUUGCAUGCUUUGUUUUUGUGUUUGUUUUGUUUUUUUGCAUGCUUUUUUUGUGUAUGUUUUCUGUUUGGAGCUAUUUAUUUUAAACGCUCUGUUUGCAGUUCUGAAUUUUGUACAAUAACUUAAAAAAAAAAACGAUUACCAGAUAAUGUGUUUGGGAGGAGAGAGGACAAAAAAAAGGAAAUGUUUUUGUUUUGAAUACUUUUAGAACAUGGUCAACACAUGUCCAGGUUGAUAGCAAAUGCAUUGAAGGACUACAACGAAAUCAGCACUCUGGGAGAACUUCCAGUUUCACCAAUAUUACCUUUUUUCUACAGUAUGUUUGCAUAAUGUGACCAUGUCGGCAUUUUAAGCUUUUAAUGGGGCACUUUCUCUUCUGUGUACUGAAUUCUGGGAGCAUGUUUUAUUUUGAAUUUCCCAUUUAUGCCACUGUAGCUCAUGUAAAGUUUGUAAAUAUUUCUGUGGUUCCAGUUAAACAAGUGGCUAAACUUAAAA